AUGGAUGAAAUUAUGUUGAACUUAAGGGCACUUGACGGUAACAUUGUGGUAGACGAUGUCGUUCCAGGAUGGGCAAGAAUUGUAGUGGUUAGGGGAGUGGUUGGAGUUGGGGGACUUGUGGUAGUUGGAGGAGUGACUAGAAUUGAGCAAGGAGGAGUGGACAUUGGGGGAUUGGAAGUGGUUGAAGGAGUUAUAGUUGUUGGCAGAAUAGAUGGAGACGAGGAAGGAGAGGUGGUCAUUAGGGGAGUUGUAGUGGUUGGAGGAAUGGGUGGAGUCGAAGAGGGAAGGGUGGACAUUGGGGGAGUUACAAUGGUUGGGGGAGUCGCGGUGGUUGGUGGAAUGGGAGGAGUCGAUGACGGAGGGGUGGACAUUGGGGGAGAAGUAGUGGUUGGGGGAGUUGCAGUGGUCGGAGGAAUGGAUGGAGUCGAGGAGGGUGGGGUAGACAUUGGGGGAGUGGCUGGAGUCGAGCAAGGAGGAUUGGACAUUGGGGGAGUUGUAGGAGGAGCUAGCAAUUGGAGUGGAAAUCGAGGGAGUAGCGGUGGAUGGAACUGGGGGAGUUGUGGCGGAGUAUAG